AUGACAAAUUUACCGCCAACGGGCUAUGGAGGUCCUCCUUCAGACCGUUCCAGCUUUCCCAAACCGAUUCCUAAACUUGAGGAACCAGUUCAAAUAUUUGGCGACACAUCAAUGCGAGAUACACCAGACAUGUCGGGAGACAUCAACAACCGUCUGAAGAUAGAGACUUCAGAUGAGGAAGACGAUGACUCCAUGUUGUCCGACACCUCGUCUGAAAGCGAUACCACUCCGCAGAUCCAGCGCGGCCUACCGAUUUCGCAACUACCUACCGGUCUUUGCUAUGAUGAGCGUAUGCGUUACCAUGCAGAAGUAGCGGCAACCAGUGGCGAGAAUGUCCAUCCGGAGGAUCCCAGACGCAUUUACUACAUCUACAAAGAACUGUGCGAAGCUGGCCUCGUUGACGACAAGAGAUAUCCUCCCUUGGUCGACACGCCUUUACUCAGAAUCGAUGCGAGAGAAGCGACACGUGACGAGUGUCUCCUGAUUCAUACAGAGAAACAUUACGACUUCGUCAAGAGUACUGCUGAAAUGUCUGACGAACAGCUGAUUGACCUCUCGGACGAACAAAACAUGGAUUCAAUAUACUUCAAUGCACUGUCAUAUUUCUCGUCCAAGUUGUCUGCAGGAGCCGCGAUCGAGACUUGCAAGGCGGUUAUGACGCGAAAAGUCAAGAAUGCGAUUGCAGUCAUCCGACCACCGGGUCAUCAUGCCGAGGUUGACAGGACCAUGGGCUUCUGUCUUUUCAAUAACGUCUGCAUUGCUUCGAAAGUGUGCCAGGGAGACUUUGGCGAGGACUGCAGAAAAAUUUUGAUCGUGGAUUGGGAUGUCCAUCACGGCAAUGGCUGCCAAAAAGCAUUCUACCAAGAUCCGAACAUACUCUACAUCUCCCUCCACGUGCAUAUGGAUGGCAGAUUUUACCCUUCAGGAGAUGAAGGCGAUAUGUACCAUUGUGGCGAAGGACCUGGUCUUGGAAAAAACGUCAACAUCCCAUGGCCAACCAAGGGUAUGGGUGAUGGCGACUACAUGUAUGCCUUUCAGAAUGUAGUUAUGCCCAUAGCAACCGAAUUCGACCCUGAUUUUGUGAUUGUUGCAUCGGGAUUCGACGCUGCGGCUGGCGACGAGCUGGGUGGUUGCUAUGUCACACCGCCUUGCUAUGCUCAUAUGACGCAUAUGCUCAUGUCUUUGGCUAAAGGAAAGAUUGCUGUGUGUCUUGAGGGCGGCUACAAUUUCCACGCGAUCUCGAAAUCAGCUCUCGCAGUAACACGUGUAUUGAUGGGCGAACCACCCGACAGAUUGCAAGCCACCGCAGCCUCCAAAAAUGGGAUCGACACAGUCUCGCAAGUUCGAAACGUGCAGUCCAAGUAUUGGAGAAGCAUUUAUCCCAAAGGUAAAAGCCUUGGAUCUAUUGCUAACACCAUUCUUCGUUUCGCAGACAUCAUUCGCCAAUGGCAAGCACAACAUCUGUAUGACAAAUACAAGUUGACGCAGUUACACAUUUUCCGCGACAACAUUUCCAAAUCGUUUGAUCAACAGGUUCUUGCCACACCCAACUACGAGAACAAGAAACGUCUCCUCAUGAUCUUUCAUGAUGCACCAGAUCUUCUAGGCCACAAUAACGGUCUCAGCACACAGCAACAACUGCAUGAGACAUGGCUGGUUGAUGGCGCGCAGCAUUACAUCAAGUGGGCUGUCAACCACGGCUUUGCAGUCAUAGACAUCAACGUCCCGCAACACAUCACGAUCAACGAUGAAGACAUGCCCGAGUACCACCAGACAGACGUCGAGUAUGCGUCGAUGACCACCGACGUCGCUCGCAAGGAAGGCGAAAAGCUCGCUCAAUAUCUCUGGGAGAACUACGUUGAACCAUGGGAUUUUCCAGGUGGUAUCGUGCUUAUGGGCGCCGGUACCGCGUUUCAUGCUCUCGCCAAGCUAGUGAGUGAGAACGAAAACGUCUACCCUUCCCUCCUGGGUAUUGUAGGCUUCAUCUCCACCAACCCGAUCCGCCCCAUCUCCAACCCGGCCUCGCACUGGGUGAGCCAGUGGUACCGCGACAACAGUCUCGUGUUCGUCUCGCAUGUCCACAGCCUGUGGAAGAAGGAAAAGGCGCCGUCGCGCAAGUACGGCAAACUGGUGCGCAGCGAGGCCGAGGUCCUCAACGUCAUGAUGAAGAUGCACGAGGACGAUGUCACAGAGUGGAUCAAAGAGAAGGUCCGCGAGGCCGCGGACUCGGACGAGGAGAGUGUCGAGACGGAGAGCGAGUCUGGCGACACCAUCGACGAUCCGAUCGCGACCGGCGCGGCGGAUGGGGCGGCUGCGGUAGGGGGAGCAGCAAGUGUCACUGGUUCGCUCGUGGAUGGCGCUGGCGGUCUCGCGGCCGGCAGUCUGAGUCAGGGCGCCACGGCCGGUCAGAGAUUCAGCACGGCGACGGGGGAUGUCUACAUGAGCACCGAGCGUUGA